AUGCGAGUGGCCCGCGCGAGCAAAGCGGAUGCAGGGCAGGGCAAAAAACAACAGGAAAGUGGCAGGCCUGGCGCAGUGGCCACGAAAAGACGGGCAGGGAACUCGACAUGGUCGGCCGGGAGCAAGAGCAAGUCCGAGGGCACUGCCAACCGGGCCUGGGGCACCAGAAGUCCAGAGGCCAAGCGCCAGAUCAUUCGCAAAGUGAUUGUCGUCCCACUCGACCCUACACCCUUGAGCCUCAUGAGAGCCAUUAGCUAUCAGAGUGUGAACAGCGUGUCCAACGAUCCCCAGAAGAUGCUCGAAGAGAGCAAAAGCAAGCAGCAUGGAAGUUCCUUCUUGCCUGAGGUCCAAGCCAAGACGUCCGGCCUUCCUGUGGCGGCCACGGAGUUCGUGCCGAAGACCUCGAGCCAGGCCAAGCAACGGAGGAAGGAGGCCUUGAUGGCCUUCCUCUUCUGCGAGGAGAUGCCAUCAAGCUCGGAAGCGUUCUGA